AGUGUAUGUUUUGCUUUGAUCGAGUUCGGUUCAUAAUUUUGUUCGAUUAUGAAUUAAAUAUUUUUUUGUUUGGCAUUUAAAGUAAUUAAUAACUUAACAAGUGAAUUCUAACAAGAAUGUGUUAAUAACUCAAAAAGGAUUGAUAACAAUGUGCAUUUUUGAAGAAAUGUGAUUAAAAUAAUAGGAAAUUCAUGAUGAAUAUAAAGUGAAUAAAAAAUAUUUUUUUGAAAGUCAAAAAAGAAAGAAAAAUUAAAUAAAAAGUCUGAGCCACCCGAAAAAGGAGUUGACAAGAAGAUUUUUUAAAAAGUGUGGAUUUAUUACAUCUUCAUUUUUCCACCUUUAUAAUUUAGAGAAGUGAAAAUCAUAGUUGUGAAUGUUUAAAUUUAGUGAUAUUACAUAGAAAGAAAAAGAUAUCGUCUUUCAGUCACUUGUAAGUGCAUGAAAAGUUACACGACAUUAAUAAAAAGAAAAGAGGAAAAAAAAGUAUAAAAUUAAGAAAAUAUAAAAAAUAAUAAGUGAAUGAAUGAGUGUAGGCUGAUAUAAGAAAAAAAGAAAGCAUAAAAAAUUUUCUAGUGUACUACAAAAAAAAAAGGUUUCUUCUUCUGUGGAUUAAUAGUGAAAACUUUAAUAAUUUUAUUUACCUCGAUCAACAUAAAAAUACGAUUCUAACAUGGAUAUCAGUAUUGAAAAGGUUGCUGACAUAACGCUGGGUAGUCUGUUUCAGCAGAUUAUAAAUGACAUGAAGAAUUCGAGUCCACUAUGGGAAGAUUUCAUCAUUAAAGCAACAAAACUUCAUGCCUGUUUGAGGGCUGCCAUUCAAGCAAUUUCAACAUAUUUGGAAGCAUUCCAAAAAAUUGCAGACGCCGCAACAAACUCAAAAGGGGCAUCAAAAGAAAUUGGAACAGCCCUCACGCGGGUUUGUCUGCGACAUAAAGCAGUUGAGACAAGACUUAAAACAUUUACAACAGCCAUAAUGGAUAGUCUUAUAAUACCAUUGCAGGAUAAACUUGAGGAAUGGAAACGACAAGUUGUGAUUCUCGAUAAAGACCAUACCAAAGAAUAUAAAAGAUGUAGGAAUGAAUUAAAAAAGCGUUCUAGUGAUACAUUAAGAUUACAGAAGAAGGCAAAGAAAGGAACGACAGAUCUGCAGAGUCUUGUCGACUCGUCAAUGCAAACAGUAAAUCAACAGAAGGCGGAGCUGGAUGAAGUUGAGAGAAAGUCAUUAAGAAUUGCUAUGAUUGAAGAUAGAACGAGAUAUUGUCAAUUUGUGCACAUGCUUGAGCCAGUUGUGAAACAAGAAUACGAAAUGAUGUACGAGUUGGGGCAUUUGCAGGAAGCAAUGAUGACUGUUACAAAUGUUACCAAAGAUCCUUCAGCACUACCUCAGGCUUCGGAAGAGCUUAUAGCAGAGUCAAAGACCUCAUAUAACCUCUAUCCUGAAUCACCGACCCAUUCAAGUUCACAAGGCUGCUCAAACUCAUUAGGAUCACGAAAAAGUUCAGUAUGCUCAAUCAGCUCAAUGAAUAGCAGUGGUUCAAGUGGUUCACCGAGCCAUCAAUUCCAAAGAUCUUUAUCACAGUACAAUCCGACAAUUCGUCUGAAGCCAGGUGAAUCGACAGAUAGUCGAGACAGUGGAUUUUGUUCUUCCUCACCAGCUUUAACAAUUCAGGCAUCAACAGCAACAAGUCAAUCACAUGCAAUAUCAACUUGGCCACCUCCAACACAAGAAUCCGUCUCAAAUACAGACCGUCCUCAUACCAUUUCAACAGCUUACGAACGAGGUCACCAACGACCAGCACUUACAGUAUACACUUUUCAGAAUCCCGAUCAGAAUAUUAGCGAGAAUAGUGGCAAUAGCACUUCACAAAAAUCGCCUGCCAACAUCUCAUGUAGACCUCCAUUACCAAUUCGUUGCUCUUCAUUGGAGCGUCCUCUGUCGACAACAACAAAUACAAAGAAUACAUCCACAAACAAUGUAAAUGCAAGACAGUGUCCAUCGCCGAUUCCAGCUCAUGUUGCAAAAGAACAUCCUGCAAUAAGUCAGCCUACAUAUGUUAAUAUGAGUGAACUAGCUUCGAUGGCUGCAUAUAAAAAUACUAACACAAUUAGCAACAAUAUAAUAACAUCAAAUCCUACAACAAGCACUACACCGCCAGUCUCCGUUCAACCUAAUUCGCCAGUUCUGUCAUCUGCAUCCUCAUUAGUAUCUCCCGACUCGUCAGCAACUAAUCCAAUCAGUUCUCCUGAUGUUCAGACACCACAAAACACUCCGCAAACUAAUUCACCAUUAACAAUAGCAAUUGCGGGUGGCAAUUCAACAACAGACACUGUUACUAAUAAUGAUGACGAGGAUUUAAGCUCUAAAGAACAUUAUUCUACGUCCACGACACCAACUAACCAAAAUGCACCAGUUAAUAAUAAUAAUAACACAACUACAACCUCAUCAUCAACAUUAGACAAUAAUAUUUCCAUUAUUGAAACAAUAACGACUACUUUGAGUACUAUGAGUAUAAUUGGUACAACUUCUGCAGCUGUUGCUGAGUUGACAAAGUGUGAAUCUCCUUUAAUUGACACAAAGAGCUCUGGCUCAGUUCUUGAUAAAGCAUCAAUGUUUGAGAAGAAGCUUGAAGAACAGCAAACUCAAAUAAAUGCAACACCGACACAGCAACAAAGUUCACAUCAUCCAAUUUCCUUAAUAAACAGUACACUUAAUUUAACGCCAGCAACAGUGGCACGAUUAGAGUCCAUUUAUGGCAAAAAGACAGAAGAAAUUUACAAUAAAACCGCGGUUUUGUUGGAAAAAGUUGAUACAGUUGAGACGCUAGAUGUAAUCGACACGAUAGAAUUAGACAACCUAAUUGGAGAGCUCGACAUGUUUCAGAGAGAGCACGAGGAGAAGGAGAAGAAACGAUUGGAGAGGCAGCAAAGCAACGAGUAUCAAGUCCCCAAAAAUUCCAUAGUCCAAACACAAAAAACACAUCAUAAUGAUUCUUUCAUAUCCACAUCAACAACAAUAACAGGAACAUUUUCGCACGCUUUCAGUAAUAAUAAUAAUUCAGAUGAGUGUAGUGAGAAAAGUACUGAUAAAGUUUCACUAAAUGCAAGCUUAAAUUAUUCAAUCACAAGCAAUACUAGCAUGAUGACAAAUGCCACGUUAAGUGAUGUACAAAAAACAUUUAAUAGUAGUGAAAAUUGUUGGAAUGAUAACAAUAAUGACGAUGAUUUAUCGGCAGAUACAGGUUUCGAAAAUCCAUCAUUUAGACAUUUAAAUGACACCAAUAUUGUACUGAUGCGUGACGAUGAUUUGCCGCCCAACUAUUACUCGCAAAAUGCGACAGAUGUAGUUGUGUUACGAUCAAAAAGCAAUAGUAUGGGAAGCAAUAAUAAUAGCAUAACUGAUCUCCACACAAUCGAUAUGACAAAUGAGCAAAAGCAACGAUUAAGCUCUUUCAAGCUUGAUAACAAUAAUCUGUCGCUGGCUUCAUCUAAUGGACAGGGAUCACCGUCUCACUAUUUUAGUAUCAAUAAUAGUAAUAGCAUCAAUAAUAACAAUCCAAUCCCGAACGUAAAUAAGGCCUCCUUACAUAAAUCAUUUGGUGCCUUAAUGUAUGGACAAACGGAAGAGCCAAUAACCAGUAACAAUGUCAAUGUUAAUAAUAAUGUCAAUGUUGUAACAUCCAGUAAUAAACCAGCUGUAACGCCACGUCCUGCAUCUUUAUUGUCUGGUGUUUCGAGAAUAGCUCGAAGAUCGUCCGUAAAUACAGUCAAACCACCACCGCCAGUUCGAAGAAGUUCAUCAGCUACACCAAAUCAUUACAGUGAUGCCAAUAACUCACAUAACAAUCAGUUACAAAAUCAACAGCAAUUUAAUUCAUCGUCUGAAGCAUUGCCGCCACCGCCUGAUUAUUUGCUUCGCAGUCAGCAGCAAGCAGCAGCUCAACAACAACAAAAUGCACUACAUCAUCAUCAAAAUGCACAGCAGCAGCAACAACAACAACAACAUCAUUAUAGUCAUCAUGCAGAGCACAAUGCUAAUGCUAAAACGCACUAUAUGACUUCCUCUACGUCCGUAGGACAAAUUUCGUCACAACUCUCGACACAGAAUGUCAGAACAGUCAAUGAUUUGCGCAAUGCUCCUAACAGUCCUGGCGUAAUGCGACGCCAACUAUCGCUUAGCAAUCAUCAUCCUUCAUCAAACCAUUCACAGUCCUCACAUAGCAUCACGUAUAGUUCGCAACCAUCAACACCAAAAAUUGAAAAGGAAGGUAGUGGAAGUAUGUUCUCGAUUUAUGGCUUAACUACUGGAAGUGGAAAUGCUAAUGGAACGACGUACAGCAGUGGCGAUAUAUUUGGAACGAUGCCACGGCAAACUAAAUCUCAACAAGGCGUUUAUGCACAACCGAAACAAGUUAGUGGAAUCUCGAGCUUCCGAAACUCAAGUCCAAAUCCGCCACCCCAGAAACAAAGUAUGGGACUUUUAGCUUCACUUACAGCAAAAAUAGCCCCCAAUAAAUCUCACAAUCAGCAGCAACAGCAACAACAACAACAGAAUCAGCAGCAGCAACAACAACAGCAACAGAGUGAUUACGAUAGGUCACGAAAUGAGCCAAUUUAUCAGCGACGAAGUUCCAAUCAGUCAAAUCAAUAUUAUGAUACGGCACAACAACAACAACAGCAGCAACAGCCAAAUUAUGGAGAUCGUCAAAGUGACGGUAAAAAUCAAAUUUACUCGCAAUCAUCUAAUCAUCAGUAUCAACACCAGUAUAGUAUCUAUAAUCAAAAUAUUUAUGUGUCGACAAAUCCAUUUAUAACGCCACCGAUAAAUAAUUACUCGCCGUCUAGUUUUGGCAAGGAUAAUUAUUCAAACUAUCAAACUGGAAAUUAUGGCGAUAAGACAGACAGUGUUUUGGCAAAAGCUAAUCCAAACUUUUUAGAUAACUUGAAUGCCAAAUUAGCAGAGCAACAUGCGACGAAUAAAGCAUUAGCUGUAAGGAGCUUUAUUAACAGUAAAGUUGUGCGAAAUGGUAGUCAAAUUCCGUGUAAUAUCAAAUAUGUAGCAAAUCGAAUUGUUGAAGAGCCGGAGCCUGACCCUCGCAUCGUACGAGAAAGUCUGAUGGAUCAAAUCAAACGAGGUGCCAAUCUAAAGCAGACACCACGAUGAACUCGUAAAACAGCAUAAACAUAACACAUAACAUAUAAAAAUGAUAAUAAACUUCCAGUAACCUAAUAUUCAAUUAAUUCAUAAUAAUGUAUAUGGAAAGUCCUUUUGCUUUAAUUCGAGAUCAAUGGAAUUAAUGUAUGUUGAUUUAGAUGUUCAUCUUAAUGAUACACAAAAAAAAUAUUAAUAAUAUUUAGUAUAGGUGACAUCGAUAACAAUUUAAAGUCCUUUUAGAAUCGUCACGGAAAAUAAGUUUUAGAAAUUUGUGUUCAGACAUUUUUAACCAGUCAGUCCAGCCCGAGAAAAAUUUUCUUUUUGAAAAAUUAACGUUAACCAAAAAAAAAAAAAGAAAGAAAUUUAAGCAUCACAUAACUACGUAUAAACCAGUUAAUUCAUUAAUUAGUAUAUUGAAAGGAAUAAAAUAACAAUUAAUUUAUG